AUGUUGAUGCCAACAAAAAAUCGGAAAGCUAUUUAUGAGUAUUUGUUCAAAGAAGGCGUAUGUGUGGCUAAGAAAGAUUAUAAUUUGAAAACACACCCUAAUAUACCAAAUGUAACCAAUUUGGAAGUGAUAAAAGCUUGCAAGAGUCUUGCUUCACGGGAAUACGUAAAAGAACAAUUUGCUUGGCGGCAUCAUUAUUGGUAUUUAACGAAUGAAGGCAUUGAUUAUUUGCGAGAAUAUCUUCAUUUGCCAGCUGAAAUUGUUCCAUCUACUGUCAAGGCCAAACAGCGAGAACCAAGGCUUGGUUUCGAGCGUAUGCCCCGAGGACCGAAAGUAGAAAGCGAUAGAGAUGCAUACCGAACAGCUGAGAAAGUAACCGAGGCGGGUCCAGGUGCAGCACCAGUAUCAGGUUAUCGGGGUGGAUAUGGUCGGGGUGCAGGAGCCCUGCAAUAA